GUUGGAAUUGUAAUUCAAUGAAAUAUGUUGCCUCAUUAAUUUAUUUCGGUCCAUGUGUCACAAAAAACCUUGUUUUUAUUUUAGCAGCAUGUCUGCUUAAAAUUUUGAGUUAAAAAUAUCAAAAUGUAACGCGUCCUUUUAAUAGAUCCAGAUAAAAUUUUUGUCCAUUUUCACAAAUAACGGAAAAAUUUUAACUUUAUGAAACAAAACAAUAAAUGAAGGAAAUGAUGUUUUGGCAGAUAUUUCAAAACAGCUAUUUUAAAGCUACAUAAUUUGAAAGCAUCAUAAUUCUUAGCAAGCAAAUUUCUUGUUGCUUAAAUAAAGUCAUAAAUUGUGAUUAUGAAGUCCAUGUUUGAAAAUUUUGAGCUAAACAUUCAUAUAAUAUACAUAUUAGAUUUAAAAAAAAUUCUCAAAAGAAAGCUAUUUUUGACUUUUGGAUUAAAAGAUUUUUUCUUUAAUAUUUUCAGCAUCGAAAGUGAUGAGGAUAUGAUUGAGAUAGAGGCAGAGGUUAUGUCUGAGGAAGACGAAGAUGAGUUUGAUGAAAGAGAGAGAAUGAUUUUGGAGUUUAAGAAUGAUAUGGAUUAUAAAUUUGAUGGAGAAAAUAAUAUGAAUGACGAGGAAGAGGUGGAUGAAAUGAAAAAUGAUAGUGAUGAAAAGGUGUAUUCCAGUUAUUUUACUGAGGAAAUGAUUGCAAAACUGUACAGCAUGGAUAAAGUUCAUGACAAGGAUUCUAUCGAGUAUGGAAUUCCGGAUAAAAGAUAUUGGAAAUAUGACUCUUGUGAGUCUUGCUUAAGAGCUGGAAGUAAUGAACAGGAUUACAUGGACAUAGAAGACAGCGAAAGCGAUGAAAAAGAUGGAAACACAAUAAAAAAGGGCUGUUUCGCUUUCCUGUCAAGAGUGUUUAACAGGUUGUUCAANCACUAUAGAAGAUAA